AUGGCAACAUUACCAAUUAUAUAUCCACCACCUUCCCCUCCAUUCUCACCACCUACUCCUCCAUUUCCACCACCUUCCUCUCCAUCCCUACCACCUUCCUCUCCAUUCCCACCAUCUUCUCCACCAUUUCCUUCCACGACCUUGCACUCAUUGCAGUUGCCAUCAUCAUCACCACCACCACCACCAUCAUCAUCAUCACCAUCAAUGCCACCAUCACCACUAUUGGUUGAUGAGAGUUUUAUUGAAAGUGAAAUUUCCAUCGUAGGACAAAUGGUUUGCUAUUUGGCUGCCUGGCUUUAUUUACAAGCAGGCACUAGCCGUGAGGCAACCAAUAUUGUUCUCAAGAGCCUCAAACUUAUCUUGAGAUAUGCUUUGGAGUUUUUUCAUUGUUUCUCCUUACACUUGGUCAUUCAACAACACUUCCUUCACCUAAUAUUCCACACAACAUUCGCACUGCUCUCAAACAUCUCAAUCUUGAGCCUGUUCUUAUUUGUAAGGCAUUAUGUCCCAAAUGUUGUUCACAGUAUCCGUUGGACAAUGUUCCUGAUUUAUGCACCUGGCGGAGCACUACCAAAGGCCGCUGCCAGUGCAAGGAGCCCUUGA